AUGCCAUCGGAUGCUAAAAAGAGACGCGAUGCAGCGAAGAAACAAGCAGCCAAGAAUCGUAACAAAGUGCGCGAUCAAAAAUUGGAUAAGGAAAAUAACGAAGGUAUUGGUUCGCCGACACGAGAGCCAAGUCCGGAUGCACCGAUCGAAGAAUGGCUUUAUGUUGUGCAAAUCAACUAUGAAAUACUGUCAGCAGGGCAAAAAUUGAUCAAAAAUGGUAUCAAACCGAAGCAUGGGACUAGCAUCCCGGAACUGCCGCUUGCCGUGUAUCCUGCCGCUGCAAUGCUGGAAAAGAUGGAGCUGGAGAAUACGAAGGCACGAUCAGCGGCAGGGGCACUUACUUCGCAUCCACUGUAUCAAUGUUUUUUUUUAUCUCAGUGUAAUCCGACAUCAGAAUUGUCUCUAUCAAUGGACAUAAAAGUGGAGGGGCUAACGGUGACAUUUCACGGACGUGAGAUCGUUACGGAUACGAAGCUUGAGCUUAACAUGGGACGUCGGUAUGGCCUCAUCGGUUUGAAUGGAAGC